AUGUCUUGCUCUCUCUUACAUUUCCUCAACGGGUCUAUCUCGACAAAGGGUAAAAUGGCCGACUGUGAAUUCAUAACCCCCAAGGGCUCCUCCGAACGAUGCUCGUUCCGGUCAGUGGCAGUGGCUGAGGGCCUCAACGUAGAUGUGGUGUCUUCUAUUAAAGGCGACUUCGAUUCUGAUGUCGACCUGAAAUCAGGUUUCCGUGUGUGGGAGUGCAGUCUUGAUCUUGCGAGGUACAUCUACGAGCACCCAUUCCCAGUCACCAGAGUCCUCGAGCUCGGCUGUGGACAUGCCCUUCCUACUUUAGCAGCCCUUAGCCGCUCUCCUGGUGCUUCUGCGUACGUGCAUGAUCUGGACCCCCUAGUGUUACAGCAUAUCACUGCGCCUAACAUGAGUCGCUCUCUAGGAGGUGCUGGAGUAGCCCAGCCGGUCCGGUACGUUACGGGGCCUUGGGGAGAGGACCUAGCACAGCUGCUGAGCACAGAGGCGGGCUCAUUCGAUUUGAUCUUGUCGAGUGAAGGCAUUUAUAAGCAGUCUUCAUUCGAGUCUUUGCUGACUAUGGUCAUCUCCUUGCUUGAUCCGAUAAAUGGUGUGGCCUUGUUCGCUGGCAAGAGGUUGUACUUUGGUUGUGGAGGCGGCACGGCUCCCUUCAUGAGUUUUAUCGAGGAACACUAUUCGGAGGCCUUGACGUGCCGGUCUGUAGCUCUCUUUGAAGAUGCUCGUAGCAAUAUAAGAGAAAUUGUUGAGGUCAGGAAGAAGAGCAGAAAAUAA